AUCGAUGCGGGGUUCUAGGUUCUCCAGCUGUGGCUUGUUGCUAUCAAAGGGUAAAUUUGAACGAACUUAAGGGUCGUCCUCAGCGAUAUAUAAAACCCUCACUAAUUCCUAUGGCUACUUCUUCCAAGGUCAUCCUUCGCCUUUGAGCUUUCUUAACAAGUAAAUUCAUUCUCACAUCACUAUUAUUGCGAGGAGCAACAUGUCCGACCCCUUGAAAUCCAGGGCCAUUGACGAGAUGAAAGAGAUGGGCGACACUGAAACCACCUCCAUAUCGAACGGAGACGUUGUGGCCACUAGAUCUGCCAAUCGUUCUGAGUACGAAGAGUACUUGGACCUCAGCCAGCGGUUCACUGGAGUUGAACACAAGAAGCUUAUUCGGAAAGUUGACUGGCAUGUCUUGCCGCAACUGAUUCUGAUAUACCUUAUGUCCUACAUCGAUCGUACAAACGUCGGAAAUGCGAAGCUAUUCGGUGCCCUUCCCGAUCUUGGUCUCAGCGGCCAACAAUGGAAUACAUGCUUGUCCAUCUUCUUCGUUACCUAUGCUCUCGGUGGAGUGCCGUCAAAUAUCGCCCUGAAGCGGUGGGGACCCAAGAUUUGGCUGCCAACCUUGCUUCUGACCGUCUCCAUAAUCUUGAUCUGCAGUUCAACCGUGAACAAUUUCGCUGGUUGGGCUGCGUUUCGCGUCCUCCUAGGCUUGUUCGAGGCUGGCGUUUUCCCAGGCUGCUCGUUCGUUCUGACCGCUUGGUACUCGCCUCGUGAAAUCCAGGCUCGAAUGUCUAUCUUUUUCUCGGGAGCUUCCGCCGCUGGCGCCUUCUCAGGCCUCCUAGCCUACGGCAUCGGACAAUUGGACUAUACUUGGGGCUAUCGUGGAUGGAGAUUUAUCUAUUGUAUCGAAGGUGUUUUCAGUGUCUGCCUCGCUCUUGCCGGAUUUUGGUUCGUGUAUGAUACUCCAGCAAACGUCAAAUGGCUUUCCACAGAGGAAAAGAGAUUCCUCGUUCUUCGCCAUAAGUUCUCAGCUGGAGGUGGUACAAGCGUUGGCGAGAAGUCCGAGUUUGCAUGGAAGUAUGCAUGGAAGGCCUUCCGAUCUUUCCACAUCUACGCCGUGGCUCUCAUUGAGUUCACUCUUUGCGUUACAGUAUACGGCUACUCUUUCAUUCUCCCCACCAUCAUCCACAACCUUGGAUAUUCUGCUGCCAACGCUCAAGCCAUGAGCGCUCCGCCAUACGUUUUUGCCUGUAUGGUCACAUUUUUCGCCGGGUGGUUUGCCGACAGAACUCAGCAAAGAAUGUUGACGGUCUUGCUGUUGAACCUUAUGGCCCUGUUCGGCUUCAUUAUUAUGAUAGUAAGCGUAAGGUACCCUCACCUUCUUGGUGUGACACUCUUCGGUGUAUUUCUUACCGCUGGCGGCUUGUAUCCCCUAUCACCAGCCGUCACCGCCUGGAUCGCUCUCAACUGCGCUGGCACUAUGAAACGCGCCGUAGGUAUUGGUGCUAUGAUUAGUUUUUCACAACUAGGUGGUAUUGUUGGGUCCAACAUUUAUAUCGCAAAGCAGGCCCCCAGAUAUCCGAUCGGUUUCGGUAUCAGUCUGGGAAUGCUUGCGGUAUUUGGCUGCAUCUGGCCGCCUAUUUAUUGGUUGAUUCUCAAGCGCAUCAACGCAACGCGAGAUGCUAUGAGCGAAGACGAGAUACGAGCGAAGUAUACUGAGGAAGAGCUGGCUGAGAUGGGUGAUGAAAGCCCAUUGUUUCGAUAUGCUACUUAA